AUGGGCCGUAGAUAAGAGAACAAACGCUGUUGCUAUCUCGAGCUAGCAAAGUGACAUUAACUGAAUAUCCUGCGUGGUUGAAUUGUUCAACGUGUUCUUGUGUUUCGUUUUUCGUCUUUCGUCUCGUUGAAAAUGAUCCUCACCGUGAAGCCGCUUCAAGGGAAAGAAUGCAGCGUGCAGGUGACUGAAGAUGAAAAGGUCUCCAAAGUGAAGGACCUUGUGUCCGAACGUCUCAACAUACCAGCAAACCAGCAGCGGUUGCUCUAUAAAGGGAAAGCGCUUGCAGAUGAACACAGACUAUGUGAUUAUUCCAUCGGGCCAGAGGCGAAAUUGAAUCUGGUCGUCCGUCCAGUGGGGGAGAGAACUGGAGCGUCAGGGCUGGCUUCCAGCUGCAGCAGCAGCAGCAGCAGCAGCAGCUCACAGGGAAGAGUGUGGCAGACUGUGUCCACUAUCCUUGCGAGACACUUUAGUCCAGCAGAUGCGGCAAAAGUGCACGAACAGCUUAUUAAGGACUAUGAACGGUCACUUCGACAACUUAGUCUAGACGACGUCGAGCGUUUGGCGGGAAGACUGCUUCACCCCGACGGCGAAGACAUGGACACCUCGUACAUGGACUAAGCCGAGCCGAAAGUUGCUUAUUGUAAAAUGUCUUGAGAGGCGCUCGGUUCUUGGAGGUGCAUACAAUGUUUAGAGUGUGAGGCAUGGAAAAUACAAUAUUGUUUUUCUUGCAUUGAGCUGUGUGCCUAAUCUUUGGCUGAGUGAAGACAGAUACCAGUGACUGGUUAUCUCAGCAAUAGGGAUAAACCAUGGCUAAGAAAACGUGGCAACUUCGAGUUGGUCAUUGAUGUUGCAGAAAUGACACGAGACCUGAUUACAUAAUAUUUGAAAAUGAAGGAAUCCAUCUAUGCUGUUGUUUUCACAUGAUCUCUGGCUGCUACGACUCUCAGCUGACUAACGUCGACUCGAGGGUUUUUAUUAGUAAUCUGUCAGAUUGUGUGUUCUGUUAACCAUCCUUGAAAAGGUAAUACACUUUUUAUUCCGUAACUAACUGAUGUUCAUUGAAUGAUUUGUAAAUAUUGUGUGUGUAUAUACAGACAUUAAACCACAGAAAAAGAAGUGUC